GCGCCGGAGACCAUAUGGACCCGGCGUGGGCGGCACGCCGCAGCUUCUUCAGUGCUGUCCACACGAGUCUCUCGCCGUCCUAUACCACGAGCUCGAGGUCUUUGCGACGGGCAGUCCCUAUGGAGAAGUUACCGCCACCGUCUGCCUAUGCGGCGCAGCUACGACGAACAACAUACCCACGACGUCAAGCAAUCCUACCUGCACUCGCAGCCCUCGCGUGUUUCCUUGUUAUUGUUUACGGUUUUGCAUUCGGCCAGGGCAUAGAUUUCUGGAGAGCAUAUACUCGCGACAAUCUGUCUGCAGAGGCGGCGACCGCUGUCGCUCGUUGUAGGUCACUCCGCGCAGGGCCAGGUCCUCCGUCAGACUUCGCCAAGCGCACCCGAUCCGACAGGUAUGUUCCUGGCACCAAGCCCGUGCUCAUCAAGAACGCGAAGAUAUGGACUGGAGAGAGGAAUGGCACCGAGGUCGUACACGCAGACAUCCUCAUUGCCAAAGGGAUCAUCAAGGGUAUCGGCCAGACCGCGCGUAAAGCCCUCAACGCGUAUAAGGACGAUAUCGAGGUUGUUGACGCGAAGAACGCGUGGGUCACACCUGGUAUCGUCGACUUGCACUCGCACCUUGGUGAUGCUUCGAGCCCUGAACUGGACGGUGCUAGCGGCGAUGACAAUUCCCUUAAUGGCCCCAUUGUCCCGUGGCUUCGUGCAUUGGAUGGAUUGAACACUCAUGACGAUUCUUAUACGCUCUCUAUUGCUGGUGGGGUUACUACUGCUCUCGUUCUUCCUGGCUCUGCGAAUGCCAUUGGAGGACAAGGCUUUACUAUCAAACUCCGCAAGACUGCCGAACGGUCGCCGUCGUCUAUGCUGCUUGAGCCGCCCUAUCAGAUUAACAACUCGUUCCCCGAUGUUGACGGUCCCCUGAGAUGGCGUCAAAUGAAACAUGCUUGUGGAGAAAAUCCGAGUCGCGUUUAUGGUAACACCCGUAUGGACAACAUAUGGGCAUUCCGCGAGGCAUACAACAAGGCUCGCGAGAUCAAGGUUGCUCAGGAUUCCUAUUGCGCCAAAGUUGAGGAGGGCCGCUUCGACGAGAUAGCGCAGUCACUCUUCCCUCAAGACCUUCAGUGGGAAGCGCUUGUCGAUGUGCUUCGAGGUCAUGUAAAGAUCCAAAUUCAUUGCUAUGAGUCUGUAGAUCUAGACGACAUCGUUCGGCUCUCAAACGAGUUCCAGUUCUCCAUCGCGGCUUUACACCAUGCGCAUGAGGCUUACCUCGUGCCAGAUUUGCUCAAGCAAGCAUACGGUGGUCCUCCGGCAGUAGCCAUGUUCGCGACCAACGCUCGGUACAAGCGUGAGGCGUAUCGCGGCUCAGAGUUCGCGCCUAGUAUCCUUGCCCAACAUGGACUGAAGGUCGUUAUGAAGGCAAGAAGUGACCAUCCUGUCCUUGAUUCUAGGUACCUCCUGUACGAAGCCCAGCAGGCUUAUCUGUACGGUCUGCCUGAGAAUCUUGCUAUCGCUGCCGUGACGAGUACCCCUGCGGAGAUUAUGGGAAUGGGCCAUCGAAUUGGCCUCGUCAAGGAAGGCUACGACGCUGACCUUGUCAUUUGGGAUAGUCACCCGCUCGCGCUCGGGGCAACUCCAGUUCAGGUCUUCAUAGACGGUAUCCCUCAGAUCAUAAAGCCCUACGUCACUCGCAAGCCGGAAUUGUUCCAACGUACACCAGAGGUCCCGAAUUUCGAGGAAGAAGCCAAGGCCGCGAUUGAGCAUGACGGCUUGCCCCCUCUUGAACCAAAGAGAAGCGAGGCCAAAACUAUCGUCUUUACCAACGUGAAGAGUGUCUUUACACUCUUGGGGUCCGAGGUCGAUGAGCAUUUCGCUGCUGACAGCACCGAAGAUUUUCGCUCAGUGGUCGUCACGAACGGCACAAUUACUGCCAUCGGCGGUGGCGGCUUCCUGCCACAGUUCACCACCACUCCGCUCUUCAUCGAUCUACGCGGAGGCUCAAUCUCUCCUGGUCUCACAACUUUCGGCUCACCGCUAGGGCUUGUCGAGAUCGACGCGGAAGCAUCGACCGCCGAUGGCCUCGUCUUUGAUCCCCUUAUUCAGCGCGUGCCAUCGAUAAUGGGCGGCGACGCAGCGCUCGUGCGUGCUGUGGAUGGCCUGCAGUUCGGCGGACGAAAUGCAUUGCUGGCGUACCGUUCUGGCGUGCUGAAAGCGGUCACCGCUCCCGUCGGUCGCCGCUUCUACACGGGCUUGAGCACGACAUUCUCGACUGGUGCACUCAACAAGCUUGAAGAGGGCGCGGUGCUCCAAGAUGUCAACGCUGUGCAUGUUACCGUCAGGCAUUUCGGGACGGCCCCGAGUGUGAGCACUCAGAUUGGAACGUUAAGGAGAUUACUCCUGAGACCUCCUAAUGGCGAUGCGGACCAGCGGUUUAAGGAUAUCUCAGAGGGAAAAUCAACGCUCGUAGUAGAGACUGACAGCGCAGAUAUCAUCGCCACAAUCAUCCUUCUAAAGAGAGAGGUGGAGCAGAAAGUCGGCAAUGCGAUUCAGCUGACCAUCGUGGGCGGUCUCGAAGCGCACCUGCUUGCCAAAGAGCUAGCUGAGGCGCAUAUUGGCGUCAUUCAGAUUCAGGCGCGACCUUUCCCUGCGACAUGGGAGUGCAGGCGAAUACUAGCUGGUCGUCCCUUGUCGGAAGAAAGCUCGAUUCAGGUGCUGCUGAAGCAUAACGUCACUGUUGGCAUCGGCAUCAAGGAAGCAUGGGAUGCAAGGAAUACUCGCUUAGACAUUGGCUGGCUCGCCAUCGAUGCCGGAGGUGAAAUUUCCCGAGCUCAGGCAAUGGCCAUUGCUUCAACUAACGUGGAGAAGCUACUCGGGGGUAAAGUUGAAGCCGCCUGGGCCGGUGACCUUGUUGCCACCGAGGGCGGUGAUCUACUGGACUUCAACAGCAAAGUCGUUGCUGUGCUUUCCCCUAAGCGUGGGGCCGUGAACUUGCUUUGAUAAUACCGUAUUGAGUUCUGGACUGCAUGACUAUUACCCCGGUGUUAUAUUUAUAGAAACGCGUUUGUGGCUGCAUUACUUUCGUGAGGCACAGAGAUGUCCCUCUGUUGCACUCAGAGUGAAGAGUGUUUGGACGUUUUCAGAGCAAAGUCCAGUGCGCAUACUCUAUGCAGAAUACAUGAAGCUAAACAGACUGUUGGAGCAGGUUGUUGAGCUUGUUGACGCGCGAUGCGACACUGAGGUCGAUUGACUUGUCGCCGAAGUCGAUAACGAUACCACCGAGGAUAGAAGGGUUGAUCUUGUUGACAACCUUCAAGCUCUUGGCAUUCUGAGCAGCCUGGGACUGCUUGAGGGUAGCCUCCAGGCGAGACUGGGAAUCGCGAGGAAGCGGGCCCGCCGAAGUGAUCGUCACGGUAAGCUCGCCCUUGUGUUGCGCGACAAGGUCGUUGAAGCCCUCGAUGACACCGACGGUCUCAUUCAGACGACCGUUCUCCGACAACACCGCAAAGAGAUUUUUGGUCAGGUCAGAGAGCGGACUCUUCUUGGUGGUCUCCGUCUGCUUGAAGAGCGCCUGGAGGCCGGUCGCGCGGUCGCUGGCAGAAAGAGUGGGAUUGUGCACGAAGGUGUCGAUCUCAGGGACGUUCUUGAUUGUGGACUCGAUGGUGCUUAGCUCGCCCUGGACCUUGUCGAGGUCGACAGGUGACUUGCUGAGUGCAGCGGAGAAGAUAGCAUUUGAGUACUUGAGGGCGAUGCUGCUUGCCGCACGGCGUCCCAAGCUGGUAGACACAGCAGAAGUACGGAGUGAUGAGCGCAGCAUGACGAGAUGAACGGCAGGACGUCGAGGACGAUAGGGAAACUGCUCAACGCG